GCCGCUUGCUGCAUUUUUCUGGAACAACGGGAGCUUGCUGCAUUUUCUGGUUAUCGUCCGAAGCCCACUAUGUCGUAAGUUUCUUCCCUGCCUUCUCACUGAUAGUUUUUUUAAAAGCAAUUACACACCGCCCGAAGAUUUUCCGGAUGAUUUUUUUGGAGCCAAUGGAUGGUAUAUUGAGGUUUUUUCUCAUAUAAUUUGGAUGUUUCAGAUUCCAUUGUCGAACUUUCAUACCUGAACUCUUUAAUAUAA